GUGAGCCCGACCGGCUCCGGGGCGAGCGUGCUGGACCCUGUCGCGCCACUGGACGACGUUCCACUGCCGGGCAGGCCGACCUCCGUGCCGCUCGGCGUGGUCGCCAGCGUCCUGCCGGUUGCCGCCAGAAGCGAUUCGGGCCCGAUCAGCCCAAGGACUCGAAGAGCAACAAGAUUCCGAUCCCGCAGUCCUCGCCGCCGCCCCACGGGUCGCAGCACUCCCAGAGGGAGCCCCCAGCCGAAGCGGCCCUCGCGGACAUCGAGGCGAUGGUGCAGAGGCACUGGCAGGAGCUCCACGGCAGGCUCCGCCUGCUGCUGGGCGGAGAGGGGCAGUCGGAGACCGAGCCCAGCCAGCGGAGGCGUGGUGGGGGGGGCCUGGCGGAGGUGCAGGGGCAGUGCUCCCUGGAGACCAGGCCAUGGGGCUGUGCUACGCCGCGGUUCUCGGCCCGCGAGAGCUUUCGCCAGGGGGGCUCCGCGUCGCUGGAGUUCGAGAGCUAUGCGAGCUCCGCCGCGCAGUCUGCUGCAGCCCGGGCCAGACCGUCCCUGCACGCGAGCGUCCAGCCAGUCACCCGCUUCUUCUCCGGCAACGAGCCGCGGCAGUCGGAGUCCGAGUCGAUAAACGGCGGGGCGAACAGGAUCACGAUGCAGCACCUGGGCGAAGAAGUGAUGAGGAAGUCCGUGCUGCAGAGGAAGCGGACAGAGCUGGCGACCGCCAGCGAGCGGCAGCAGAAGAUCGCGGCUGUCUGCUCCCACUGGGCGUACGAGACUUUCGAGUCUGUGCUUAUUUUUCUCAACGCGCUCAUCAUCGCAUGGGAGACAGAGGUCGUCGCCGAUCGCGCCAGCAGGGGUGUAGGGCUCAGAGUCAAGGCCUUCGACGUGCCAAUGUAUUUCUUCUGCGCGAUCUUCACGGCCGACAUCUGUUUGCGGCUGUUCGCUGAACGGAGGCAUUUCUUGUGCUCUGCGGAGUGGAGAUGGAAUUUGUACGACGCUUGUUUUGUGGUGAUCUCCAUCGUGGAGGUUGUCACCACAAUCGUCUCCGAAAUCACAGGAUCUGAACGAGAUGCUAUCUGGAAGCGAUCCGCUUUAGUGCGCAUCUUGCGGUUGAUUCGGCUCAUCAAGGUUGUACGGGCUUUCCGGCACGUGUUAUUGUUCCGUUAUUUGCGUAUCAUGGCGGCCUCUUUAAGAGAGUCGAUCGUACCGUUGAUCUGGUUCUUGCUGAUUUUGUCUGCAAUUCUCAUGUUUUUCGCGAUCGUAUUCACGAACGCCACGGCCUCCUAUCUGCUCGAUGAAGGCCUGGUGGACAGCGCCUCGACGGGACAGCUUAGGGAGUACUACGGCUCGUUAUUCCGCUCCAUGCGCACCCUCUUCAUGGCCAUCGCAGGUGGCGUUGACUGGGAGAAUGUCGCGACUCCGCUUGAGCCUUUGUCCGCCGUGUACAUCAUGAUCUUCUACGGGUUCAUUGCGUUCGUGAUGUUCGCUAUGCUCAACGUAGUUAACGCCAUCUUUAUCCAACAGCAUUUUGCUGAGGUCCAAGAAUGA